AUCAACGACUCCGUCUCAAUCUCCCCUCCACGCAAUUGCAAUUCGAUUGCAAUUGUUUUCCCUCAGCACCUGAGGCAUCACAAUCCUCUCUACUAUGUUCCGGAACGCCCUCCGACAGAGCACGCGCGCCGUCGGCGCCCUCUCUGCCUCGAGCAGAGUCGCCGCACGAAAUGCCGCACCUGCCGUUUCCGCCCUUCAAGCUCGCACAUACGCCGCCGACGCGAAGGCCUCCCCGACCGAGGUAUCCUCCAUCCUCGAGCAGAGGAUCCGCGGUGUCCAGGAGGAGGCUGGCCUCGCCGAGACCGGCCGUGUCCUGUCCGUCGGUGAUGGUAUCGCUCGUGUGCACGGUAUGGCCAACGUCCAGGCCGAGGAGCUGGUCGAAUUCGCCUCGGGCGUCAAGGGCAUGUGCAUGAACCUCGAGGCCGGCCAGGUCGGUGUCGUGCUUUUCGGUUCCGAUCGUCUUGUCAAGGAAGGCGAGACCGUCAAGCGUACCGGUGCUAUCGUCGAUGUCCCUGUUGGUCCCGAACUGCUCGGCCGUGUCGUCGACGCUCUCGGUAACCCGAUUGACGGCAAGGGGCCCAUUAACACCAAGGAGAGGCGCCGUGCCCAGCUCAAGGCCCCUGGCAUUCUUCCUCGCCGCUCUGUCAACCAGCCUGUGCAGACCGGUCUCAAGUCCGUUGACGCCAUGGUUCCCAUUGGCCGUGGUCAGCGUGAGUUGAUUAUUGGCGAUCGUCAGACCGGCAAGACUGCCGUCGCCCUGGACGCCAUGCUUAACCAGAAGCGCUGGAACAACGGCAACGACGAGACGAAGAAGCUCUACUGCAUCUACGUCGCUGUCGGACAGAAGCGCUCGACUGUAGCGCAGCUGGUCAAGACGCUCGAGGAGAACGAUGCGAUGAAGUACAGUGUUGUUGUAGCGGCCACUGCAUCUGAGGCCGCGCCUCUGCAGUACAUCGCUCCUUUCACUGGGUGCUCAAUCGGUGAAUACUUCCGUGACAACGGCAAGCACGCCCUCAUCGUCUACGACGAUCUGUCCAAGCAGGCCGUCGCCUACCGUCAGAUGUCCCUGCUGCUGCGUCGUCCUCCUGGACGUGAGGCCUACCCCGGUGACGUCUUCUACCUGCACUCUCGUCUCCUCGAGCGUGCUGCCAAGAUGAACGACAAGCACGGUGGCGGCUCCCUGACUGCCCUCCCCGUCAUCGAGACCCAGGGUGGUGAUGUGUCUGCCUAUAUCCCGACCAACGUCAUUUCCAUUACCGACGGUCAGAUCUUCCUGGAGGCUGAGCUCUUCUACAAGGGUGUCCGCCCCGCCAUCAACGUCGGUCUGUCCGUGUCUCGUGUCGGUUCCGCCGCCCAGCUCAAGGCCAUGAAGCAAGUCGCUGGUUCCCUGAAGCUCUUCUUGGCCCAGUACCGUGAGGUUGCCGCCUUCGCCCAGUUCGGCUCUGAUCUCGAUGCCGCCACCAAGCAGACUCUCAACCGUGGUGAGCGGUUGACCGAGCUCCUGAAGCAGAAGCAGUACUCGCCCAUGGCUGUCAACGAGAUGGUUCCCCUUAUCUUCGCCGGUGUCAACGGCUACCUCGACGCGGUCCCCGUCAACAAGAUCCUCCAAUGGGAGGCUGACUUCCUUGCCCACCUCAAGACCAACGAGGCUGACCUCAUGGCCACGAUCGACAAGGAGGGCGCCAUUAGCAAGGACCUCGAGGCCAGGUUGAAGGAGGUUGUCCAGAGCUUCACCAAGAGCUUCCUGGGUUAAUCAGCUGCUAAACCAUAGCGUGGCUGGGGAUCUACGGGGAGUUGGUGGGGAUUUGGGAGAUGUCUAUACCGCAGAGUCCAUGUGUUUCUAGAGCAGAGGGGGGUCUGUCUCGUCGUGUGCUGGAUGAGUAAGGAGACACGGGAGAUUCUCCAGUUAACCCAUUGUAACAUAGAGC